AGAGAGAGAGAGAGGGGAGGAAGGGGAAGGAACGAGGUAUACGAAAUUGUGCGCCGUCGGCAAUUUGCUCCGCAGUAUUAGCUAACACUCUUUGAAUUCCUUAUUUUAGCUCUAGACCCAAGUCAGUUUUCAUAUCGUGAUUAUUUUUGUUUUGAUUUUGAUUUUGAUUCGAUUUUCCAAUGUAGGCCUAAGUGCUAUCCAUUUCCGUUGCAUCUGAUUAUCCGACAAGGAGUGUUUCUUGAAUAGCCUCUUCAAAACAAAUGAUGAGGAGUGAUGGUACCAGGCAGAGGAGUAUCAUCAUGCCCAAGUUCUACCAUGUCGAUUCGCUCAGUGACCGCAUCCCCCUCCAGAUCGUCCGGAAAGAAGUGCCCCUAUCACCGGCCGAGAAGCAGUACCUGUUGGCGGUAGAGCGCGGAGACUUCGCCAGUGUCCGCCAUGCACUCGAAGAGGCGGAGAUCUACUUUAACAUCAACAUCAACUGCAGGGUGAAUGGAAGAGAACCAAAGGAUCCCCUUGGUAGAACUGCGCUCCAGAUCGCCAUCCAGAAUGAGAAUAUCGAGAUCAUUGAGCUCCUACUUCGUUACCAUGUACACGUGGGCGACGCUCUCCUUCACGCCAUCGACGAGGAGGUGGUAGAGGCCGUCGAACUCCUCCUCAACUAUAAACCUCCAAAGAAGGAUCUCCAUGUUCGGAUACUGCAAGAGACCCAAGAAUCCGACUACGAUUCGGACAUCUCCCCGGUUAUCAUGGCGGCUCAUCGGAACAACUACGAGAUCCUCAAAGUGCUGUUAGAACGCGGGGCAUCGAUCCCUAAACCUCACGAUGUCAAGUGCGGCUGCGACGACUGCAAGGCCAGCAUACGUCACGAUGGCUUGCGACAUUCGCGGUCAAGGCUAAAUAUCUACCGUGCCCUCGCUAGCUCUUCGCUGAUCGCCCUGUCCAGCGAUGAUCCCGUACUCACUGCCUUUGAGUUGAGUUGGGAGCUGCGAAAACUCAGUCAUAAAGAAAACGAGUUCAAAGAGGAGUACGAGAAGCUAGCUGAGAACUGUCGAGUGUUUGCGACACAGCUGUUAGACCAGACGAGGGGAUCUCAUGAACUUUCAACAAUCCUUAACCGCGAUGAAGAUGCUCCAUCGAGUGAGGAACCCCUCAGCAGAUUAAGACUUGCCAUCAAGUACAAGCAAAAAGCGUUUACGGCCCAUCCGAAUUGCCAGCAGCUGCUCGCAGAGGAGUGGUACCAGGGCCUACCGGGCUGGCGGAGGCAGCAUUGGACCCUCAAGGUGGUCAUCAGCUUCUUUGUGGGCAUGUCCUUUCCUCUGCUCUCCUUCAUGUACCUCCUGGCGCCCAAGACUAAGCUUGGUCGGAUACUUCGUCUUCCAUUCAUCCAGUUCAUUUGUCAUAGUGCCUCCUAUUUGAUUUUUGUCGUCUUACUUCUCAUGGCUUCGCUCGAAUUCACCAACAAGUCAACGUCCACUCGCGUCGACAUGCGUGGUCCCCCGCCCACGGAUGUCGAGCUCCUUAUCGCCUGGUGGAUCGCAGGGUUUGUGUGGGCAGAAAUCAAACAACUCUGGGACGCGGGAAUAAUCGAGUAUCUUCAUGACUGGUGGAAUUUACUCGAUUUCAUAACCAACUCGCUUUAUAUAACAGUCAUAGGUCUAAGGGUCACGGCAUACGUAAAUAUACACAUAAUCCUUAACGAGUCUUACGGCGAUAAGGACCUGUUACGAGCGGAAUGGGACAUGUGGGAUCCGACGCUCUUAGCUGAAGCAGCCUUCGCCGUCGCAAAUGUAUUGAGCAUGCUUCGUCUGGUAUACCUCUUCACCGCAAACUCUCACCUGGGACCUCUCCAGAUCUCCUUAGGACGCAUGGUCGAGGACAUCAUCAAGUUCGCUUUUCUAGCCAUCCUCGUCCUCUUCUCCUUCGCAGCCGGUCUCAAUCAGCUCUACUGGGUGUAUAGCAGCCCCCCUCCUGACGGUAGUGGGUGCACCGGGGUGACCUGUGAAAAUCAGGACCAUAAUGUAUUCUCAAAUAUGCUGACGUCGCUGGAGGCGUUGAUGUGGGCCAUCUUUGGCCAGCUGCAGGUAUCCGUAGUCAACCUCCCAACAAGUCAUGACGUCACCGUGUUCAUCGGCGCCGUCAUGCUCUGCACAUACAGCGUCAUCACCAUUGUCAUCCUUCUCAAUCUCCUCAUCGCCAUGAUGAACACCUCGUUCCAGAAAAUUCAGACCCGAGCCGACAUGGAGUGGAAGUUCGCCCGAGCCAAGCUGUGGAUGAGUUACUUCGAAGAAGGCAACACCCUUCCUUCCCCCUUCAACACCAUUCCAAGCCCAAAGUCAUUCUACUAUUUAUUCCGAUAUUUAUGGAAAAAUAUAUGCUGUUGCCAAUGGAAGCUAAAGAAACAAGCCAGUGUCAACAGAGUGCGAGAUCAGACCCAAAAGAAGAAGGAGAAAGACGAUGACUAUCAGAGGGUCGUGAAAAACUUGGUCAAGCGUUACCUGAAGUACUCUAAGCGUGGUGAGCAAGAGAAGGGCGUCACCGAGGAUGAUCUCAACGAGAUCAAACAGGACAUCUCUGCAUUCCGUUACGAGAUGCUGGAAAUCCUCAAGAACAAGGACCCAGUUAUCGCUCCCAAAAGCGUCAAGUUCCAAAACGGAACCGGUGGCAAUGGCCCCGAUCCUAGCCGAAAGACCACGAACUCAUCCGAUGACGAGAAUAAGCUUCACCGAGUCCCGUCUUACCUCUUUCGGAAGGGUAAGAAGGGUAAGAAGAGUCCGUCACAUGACCAGCCCGCCAUUAAGCCAAUCAAGAGCGCCCCCAUCCGGGAUGAGGAUUACGCCAUGCCCGAUUUUUUAAAAGUGAAAAACGUGAAGAACGUGAUGGUGGCAGUCAACGAACUCCAGAAGAAAUCUAUGAGGAGAAGGUUAUCACAGGCCGCGGUGAUUGAGGCGAGAGCUCAAGAGGAGAGACGGUUGUCUGCAGCGUCUCUAUCACCUGAUGCCAUACAGGAGGUGGCUCCGCCAUGGAAAAAGCCAACUUUGAGUGAUUCGGGCAUAUCCGAAUCGGUGGAAGACCCACCCGUUCCCAGGAAGUUAGACACGGUCAACGAGUAUUCGACGGAGGAGGAAGGAGUAAGUCAGAGUGGUGGUAGUCAGGAGAGGAAAGACAGGGAUGUUGAUGAUGUGGACGAUUCAUCGCGAAGAUCAUCGCUUACUGGGAGAGCCCCUCUGAGGAGAGAAAAGGCUUUUGCGUCAAGAAUGGAGGAAGAGGGCAAUCCGCCGGUGAUUCCUCCAGCAGAUCCAAACGCACCCUCUCCGGACGCCAGUGCCGAUUCGCAGAGCACCUCAGGGAUAGCCUCGACAAACAAUAGCUUCCAAUCGCAGGACUCAAGAGAGGACGACCUUGACGAUGAGAACGACGAUGGUGACGAUGACGAUGACGACGACGACGACGAAGACGAUGAUCUACAUAUCACUGAGGCCAACGCUACUAACAGCAGCGAGGAGAUCGACGAAGACGCCUCGGUCGAUCGAGUAAAUUUAUCGCCGCUGCUUGGUAGUAGUGGGGGCGUUGGAGAUCAACCUUUGACAGAAAUUCCGCAGCUUAAUUGGCAAUCCAAAAGGCCUUCAAACCCAUGGACGGACAAUAAUCCCCCAAAAGAUGGCAUCGAAAUGAAGAGAUAUGUCUACAAUGGUUUCAACAACUCAUCACAAUGAACAUAUAAUGUGAUUCAACUGUGUAUUGUAACUUGUUAAUCGUUGGCAGCUAAGGAGUAUGGUCAAAAGAAAUGUUGUCUUUAUAAAAGUAAUUGUAAUAACUAUCGUUGUUAUUAUGACCUACGUUUUUAUCAUUAACAUUCUCUUAGCCCCUACUAUUAUAAAAUCAUUCUAAAAAAUCUGUCCUUUCCAAUAUAAGAUGGGGCUUGAUUUAUGCACACUUUCUUAAAGAACAUCUGUACACCAAGGCCAAGCCCAAAAUGUAGUUUAAAUGAACACAUUACGUUAAUGCGACAGGGAUAAUUUCAGGUAGCGCAUACAGACGUUGCUUUAACUAAAGAACGAAGUGUCAUUGCAAUUAUCUUCAGAAAAGUAAAUAUGAAGUGACAUGACUUGUCAGCUUUAAAUCAUCUGUUCUCGUUUUAAAUCUUCACGCAAACUACUCCACAUAAUCCUGUUUAGGUGAUUCUUAACUUUGAUUCUUCCUUUCCUCUGCAUUCGUAGAUUCGAUAAUUAUAAUUAACAAUAUUACACAUUGGCCGGUCUUCAUACUAAGUUGAUUUAGUCCAAUGAUAUAUGGAGUACCACGUGCAAAUCUCUCCCUACCUAUCAAAUGUCACAGUAGGACUAACUGUAAAUGAGCAAACAGAUAUCAUGAUUGUAAAUUCGAUUUCCUAUUCUUAUUUCUUCGCUUGAUUCAUAUCAUUCAGUCAUUUUAUUAUAGAAUUAACAUAAUUUGUGUUGACACUUGGCGCUCCAUAGUUCACUGGACUUGAGUUAAGCCAGGUGUUAAUUAGUUCUCCUUUUAUAAUACAGGCCAUUGGCUUUUCUUUAUGACGUCAUCCUAUCGUCUUUGUAGAAAGUAUUUUGUAAAACUAGUAUGACUUCCACGCCUUUUGAUAUGUUUAUAGACUUAGAACUUGUGGGUUUUUACAUGAUACAGUGUGUGAAUUCCUUUUUGUUAAUAUGUUAUUCAUAAAGUUUACUCUUAAUGAUUAUGACUACAUUAUAUUGCCGAUAUAUUGAAUAGAAUUUUCACUUUCCCUUGCCUCUGUCGGUCUAUCUCUAUCUGUCUCUGUGUCUCGUCUCCCCUAACUCUCUCUCUAUCUCACAUAUAUACGUAUGCAAGCAUUCAUCGUUGAAACAACUCUUUUUAACAUGAGUAUAGAUAGCUCAUGCUUAAAAUUAAUGGGAAGUCAUUUUAUGCAACAGUGAUUGUUACGUAGAUGAAUAUACGUCAGCUAUAGACAUACGUAUCAAGUUAUUGCUAUGGUAACUCUUUUCUUCAAUAUCUUCAUCAUUUCAGCAGAGAAUCGCCAAUUUGAAUACGCAAACAGAUAUUGUGGUAUAUCUAUGAUGUAUUUUGUAUAUCUAUCACUUGUAUCGUGGAGAAGCGUUAAUAACAAAUAUUGGGGAAAAAAUACAUAAAGAAUGAAAUGCAUUCGCAUGUCAAUGUGUGGCCUCUUUUGUCUCGGAUGACUUCGACAAUUUAUGACAUCAAAUUUUUGAAAGAAAUGUUUUAUUUUUAUAAGGAAUGUUAAUUACUGAGGUCAAAUUUGUAAAUUUUGUUGAUAAAACUAACCAUUACGUUGCUGCUAAUCAAACAUUAUGUAAACGUGUUCACACAAAAACUUCGCCACCACUGUUUUUGUAAAUACAUUUGGUUGAACCUUGAUAUUUGGGGGAAAUGCAUUGUAACUUCGUUGAUCAGUUUUCUUGAAAAUGUUAUACUUCUUGCUUACUUCAGCUAUUUUAGAUAACUUGAAGUGUUAGAGUAAGUUUAUUUUGAACACAUUGUGUCAAGUAAUACUCUUGGCUCUUUUAUCACCAUUUUCGGUUGAACAAUUGUCUAAAAAUGUACCGUGUGUUGUGUCAUCGGGUGUAUUGUUCUUAGCUAUCGUAAAGUCUUGUUCAGAUACGAAGUUCAGAUACGACGCGCAAAACCGCAGCGGGUUUUUUUUCAUGAUAACGUGUAAUACGCUUCACAUUUCUGCAUGUUAUUACACAAUGCUCAAUGAAUACAUUCAAGUCCUUUGUUGCACAGUUGCCAUUCAUUUUCAUAUUAAAACACACACACACACACACAAACGCGGCGGCGGCGGUUUUUUGCAGCGGUUUACGUCGCCAUAUCUGAACAAGCCUUAAAAGGCCCAUGAAUGCAAUCGUUGCUUGAAUUACUACGCAUUUGUUUUUCGCCUAAUUCAUGUUCGGUUAAAGUUUAUCAAUGUUUUUCGUGUAUGUUCAUGUUGGAAAGUGUGAUGAUACAAAGAUUGUAUAGUUGAAUUAACAGGUCUUUCACAUUGAAAUCAUUAUUCGUCUGUUAUGUAGAGAGCCAGAAUGGCGUUAAACCUGUGUUAAAGUACAUGAGUUAAAGCUCUUCUGGCUCCAAACAGAUUAUCAUUAUCUUGCGCAAUGCAUAAUUUAAAGUGAUCAUGAAAUGCUUUUAUAUAUAUUAUAAUGUUCACAUAUGAUUGCCAUAAUUCAAAGCUUUACUUACACUAAACAUUACCUAAACAUAUCAUAUACCUAAAAGUUACACGUCUAUAUUAUUGUACAUUUUGCUUGGUAAAUGUUGUCCAAGGAGACUUGACAUCUUUUAAUCACUGAGAUUGGGCAUGUUUCUAACCAUAUGACUUUGUUAGUGAUAUACUGUUUACAUGAGUAGUUAGGGAUAAUGGUGCUGAUGAUAUCGUUGAAGAAUCCAUUUAUAUACUUCUGACAAUUCUAACAGUCCAAUGAAGAGUUUCCGCUGAUACAUUGUAAAGAAAAAAGAAGAAGCAGAGACCAGUUACCUUGUGCGAUUUCUUCGCAAGAUAUUUAUUAAAUUCUUAAGAGAGUGAUCGCGGUUUGGUGUUAUAGGGAUAUGUUGACAGUUGGUCCGUCUCCUCACGGUGAUAUCAUAGUCACACUACCGAAAAAAAUCCACAACGACUCCACAACGACUCCAUACCGACUCCACACCGACUCCUCAACGACUCACAAAGACUCCACAACGACUCCACAACGACUCCAUAACGAUUCCACACCGACUCCACAACGACUUCAUACCGACUCUUAACCGACCGAUUCUUGACCAGUAGGGGUAUUUUUUUGUGUUUGUUCGGUCUCAUGUCGGUCAGAUUGGUGUGACUGAUAUUUCAUAAUUCUUUUAGAAAAUAAUCUCUCCUUUGAAGCUUCCUACAUUUUUACAAUGCCCAUAUCAUCCAGCAAAUUCAUGGAAAGAGUAAAAAGGCAGUUCAACCUCUUUGGUCGAAUCGGACAGUGCAACGUAACCAUGGCAAUGUUGAAUGAAAAGAGAAUAAAAAGCGCUUUCUUUACUUGUUCAAGUAGUUAUAAGAAUAGAGCGGGUAUUAAUUAGAGUUGUAUAUGUUUUAUAUUUAUAUACAGUAAUGAAUGGCGAUAUACUAUCAUAUAAUUAUCUCAAUGACAUAUAAAUAAAAUGUUCACAUAUCAUCGUUCACAACCAAUCGAAUUUGCACAUAUUAACGAAUUUUCUCGGGUAUAUUAUCUGUUCGGUUACCUUUUCCUUUAAUGUACAUUUUCAUUCUCAUAUACGAUAUUUUUCAUUAAGCUCUAUCUCAACGAGGUUUGAAAAUAAAUAUACGACUAGCAGUCUUUAUUUU